UGGGCACGCAAACCUUAUGAGAUAAAGGCCAGUAGGAGUAGAAGUAGGUCCAGUACUCCAAAUUAUAUUGAAUCUAACUUUUUUCAUGUUUGAAAAAAGCUGUUCUGGUUUUGUCCUAAUCCCAAAGCUGUCAAAAAGUUUUUGGUCUUUCACAUGUUAUUAUUACAGAGACAAAGAGGUUAAUAAUACCUUGAAGACAGUGCUUGUCUUCUUCUUCUUCUCCUUCUGCUACUUUUUGCUUUUCUUCUUGUGCUUUUUCACAAGGGGAACAAGCUCAGAAGGCCCAGUGCUUUGCUUUGCGUGAUAAUGUAUUGAUUUUCUGAUGAUGGGUUUUGCUUCUUUUUAUGAUGUGUGAAUUUGAUAUGGGUUUUGGUUGUGGGGUUUAGAAUAGAUAUUAUUCUGGGCUCACUGAGUUCGAAGUAUGAAUCAGAAGGGUGUCAAGGUUUCCAAGGAUAAGGGAAAUGAUAAUGGUUUUGACGAGGCUGGGAAAAUGGUGGUGGUUGCUGUUAAAGCAUCUAAGGAGAUUUCAAAGGCUGGUCUAGUUUGGGCUUUGACUCAUGUUGUACAGCCUGGUGAUUGCCUUAAGCUGCUGGUUGUCAUUCCUUCUUAUAGCUCAAGUAAGAGGACAUGGGACAUCUCAAGAUUCAUAGGUGAUUGCACCAAUAGUCACAAAUCUUUCUCAGGAAACAGUACAGAGGAAAAGAAUGACAUUGUAGAUUCAUGCUCUAAGAUGGUGAUUCAACUCCAUGAUGUUUAUGAUCCGGAGAAGGUAAAAAUCAGGAUAAAAAUAGUCUCAAGUUCGUUGUCUGGUGCAGUUGCAGUUGAAGCCAAGAGAAUUCACUCAACCUGGGUUAUUUUGGAUAGACAAUUGAAAUGUGAGAAGAAAUUCUGCAUGGAAGAGCUUCAAUGUAACAUUGUAGUUAUGAAGCGAUCUGGUGCAGAGAUUCUUCGUCUAAGCUUUGCCAAUUCUCCAAAAAUGGAUCUUGAUAUGAGCUGUUCUUUAUCACCUGAAUUAGAAGCUUCUCCAAAGCAUUUGAAGAGCCAGCUUGAAGAGUUUAGAGGGCCAGCUGUGACUCCUGCUAGUAGUCCAGAUGAAGAGUCACCUCUAACUAGAACUGAUGUUGGUGCAACAUCAAUAUCAAGCUCAUCAGAUCCAGGUGCUUCCCCAUUUUUACCUUUUGGAAUCCGCGGAAUCCUUAAGAGGGAGUUUCCAUUUAUUCCUGAAAAGAAUAAAAACCGAACCGAAUCUGAUUCUGAGACAAACAGUGAAAAGCAAAGCUCUUUUUUCACAACUCCAUAUUACCAGCCAUUGUUGACAAAUUUUCUCAGUGCUAGUGGUGAACUGUCAAAACCUUUGACAGAAGGUUCAGAAAGAUCCUAUGACAGGUCCUUGAUGUCCACUUAUGGAGCAUUGCUGGAGAAUUUGUCUAAAUUGGAUAAAGAGCCUGAUUUAGGGAUGCUGAAUUACAGGCUUGAUUUGAACUUGAGCAGAAGUGUGAGAGAAGCAAUUUCCUUGUGCAGAAGCGCGCCUCCUGGUCCUCCUCCUUUGUGUUCUAUAUGUCAGCACAAGGGACCUGUAUUUGGAAACCCUCCAAGGUGGUUCUCUUAUAAUGAACUAGAACUUGCCACCGGUGGAUUUUCACAAGCAAAUUUCUUGGCUGAAGGUGGAUUUGGUUCUGUAUAUAGAGGUGUUUUACCAGACGGACAGGUAGUUGCAGUUAAGCAGCAUAAGUUAGCUAGCUCUCAAGGUGACAUAGAGUUUUGUUCUGAAGUGGAGGUCUUAAGCUGUGCACAACAUCGCAAUGUUGUGAUGCUUAUUGGGCUCUGUGUGGAAAAUGGAAGAAGGAUGCUAGUUUAUGAGUAUAUUUGCAAUGGAUCUUUGGAUUCUCAUCUUUAUGGACAAGAUCGAAAUCCCUUGGAAUGGUCUGCAAGAAAGAAGAUUGCUGUUGGAGCAGCCCGAGGGUUGAGAUACCUACACGAAGAGUGUAGAGUGGGCUGCAUUGUUCAUCGUGACAUGAGACCUAACAAUAUCCUUCUCACCCAUGAUUUUGAACCAUUAGUUGGAGAUUUCGGACUAGCAAGGUGGCAACCAGAUGGAGGCAAAGGGGUUGAAACUAGAGUAAUUGGAACAUUUGGAUACUUAGCUCCAGAGUAUGCUCAAAGUGGACAAAUCACAGAAAAGGCUGAUGUGUAUUCCUUUGGGGUGGUACUGGUUGAGCUUGUGACAGGAAGGAAAGCAGUGGACAUAAACCGGCCUAAAGGCCAGCAGUGCCUUGCUGAAUGGGCAAGGCCCUUGCUAGAAAAACUUUCAGUUGAUGUACUUGUAGACCCGCGCCUGUCCGACAAUUAUUCGAAAGAAGAGGUUUGCAACGUGCUGCAAUGCGCUUCCUUAUGCAUCAGAAGAGACCCUCAUUACAGGCCUCGCAUGUCUCAGGUCCUUCGGAUUUUGGAAGGUGACACUGCUGUGAAUUAUUCCACCAUCAACUGUGAGUAAACAUUAUUAUUUUUUAAAAAAUGGAGUCAGGAUAAUAGAAGAACAGUGAAAAUGGUAGCUCAAAUGGAGAAAUAUUGAGAUGAAGUAAAAAAAAAAAACAAGAGAGACCAUUUUCUUGAAAAAGCCCAGUUGAUGAAAUAAAUUAUUGACUUGGGUAAUGAAAGAAACAUGUUUGGGAAGAAUGUGAAUGUAAAUGAGUUGGUUUACUUAGAGCUCUGAGUGCCAAGUAUUGUAAGUAGUGGGAGCCAUUUCAUUUAAUCAUUGAAGCUAUUAAUGCUGCAAUGCAAUGUUUAAGGCUCUUCAAAUUUUGUAUGUUUGAGCAAUAUAUUCUUGUAAAUUCUGUGUCUUCUAGUUAUUCCCUUUGCUCUUUUCCCUUA